CUCGUCCUCUCCGGCAUUCGAGGAUAGUUUUUCGCCGGGGGCGGCCUAGAAAUCAGCCGUCAGGUGAACCGGGAGGGGUGGUUGCCUGAGGAGGAAGAGAUGAUCACGCGAGCGAAGCUGGUGGAGCAGCUGCGGGAGCACCAGAUCCGGUCGGCCCAGUCCUACUCCGCCGCGCUCGCCGUCUUCUCGCCCAACCCCCACAUCGCCUCCAGGAGAGAUCUCAAGGUUGCUGUCAUCUAUGCGGUCCUGUUUUGUUUUCUCAUGGUGUCCUGCUAUGCCGCCCUUUACUUGAAAUGGUUCAGACUUUCAGCCAUGUUUGUAACCUUCGGGAUCCUCCUUCCAGUGAGUCUCAAAAUCUCUAGGCAUAGAAGGCUGAAGAGGAAAAGAGAAAGGAGACUGUUGUUGCCACUGUCCAUGUGAAUACAUUUUUUUUGAUACACCCUGUAACAUUCUAGUGGAGUUGGCCAGCUACAGAAGAUAGGGAAAUCCUCGGCAGACGAACUCAACUUUACGGCCCCAGCCUACGCUUUGGAAAAUGUUGUAUGCAUCA